UGGGCAGGCCGAGUUGGCCCAGGGGUCUGGCCGCUGCCUCACCUGGCCUCGAACUGCUGACCCGAAUGGGCACGCUGGGGAACGCAGGACUCUACGGACGCGAGUCCAGGGCGUGUUCGGGUCCCAGUCAUGACCUCCGACCCAAAUUUCCAGGCCCCGGCAGCAGCCCCAGCCCUGGCCCAUUUUAUGGCUAAAGGACUUCUGGGUUUACCUCAUCUGGAAAACGGGACCAGUAAGCACCCACCUCGCUGGGUCAUGGUAAAGGUUUUGUAAAAGAACGCUUGUAAAACGGUGGAUGCGAGAAAUAAUUAAAACUACCAGCGUUUUAAUUCAUCAUUAGGUACUGUUUCAAGAACUUGAACUCACUGAAUCUUGACAGUGAGCUUGUCUAGUCGACCCUUUUAUAAGCCCCGUUUUACAGGUGAGGAGAGGCUUAGAGAAAGUAAGAAAUUUGCCCAAAGUCAUGCAACUAAGAAACAGGAUCAGUGUCCCAGCCGUUUGUCCUGGACAAAUGCAUUUUUGUAAUCACUCAUAACAAGAACCGAAGAUUAUACAGCCUCCCUGUAGCCCCACCUGUGACAUUCACUGAUGGGGUUAAACCAUAGUAAGACCUCCAAACUCUUACAAACCAGGUGAAGAAAUACAAGUUCAGAGAAGCUCAGACAGUGUCUAGGCCACCCAGCUAGUAGCAAGUGGAACUGGGAUUCAAGCCAGGAACCGUGUUCCCAAAUCCUGGAUUUCUAUUUUAAGAGAUCUAUCUGGCCCUUGCGUCGAGAACAGACCCCAGGGUCAAGUGCAGAGCAGAAGACCAGGAAGCAGGCAACAGCACUGGACCAGAUUAGUCGUGUCAAGCGCGAGGAUUGCUAGACAGCUCCCAAGAUGGGGGAAAGGAAAGGCGUGAAUAAAUACUACCCUCCGGACUUCAACCCGGAAAAGCAUGGCUCUCUCAACCGAUACCACAACAGCCACCCACUUCGGGAGCGAGCUCGAAAGCUGUCCCAGGGCAUCCUCAUCAUCAGAUUCGAGAUGCCAUAUAACAUCUGGUGUGACGGCUGCAAGAACCACAUCGGAAUGGGUGUCCGUUACAAUGCAGAAAAGAAGAAGGUUGGCAAUUACUACACGACCCCGAUCUACAGAUUCCGGAUGAAAUGCCACCUCUGUGUCAACUACAUUGAGAUGCAGACAGACCCUGCCAACUGUGACUACGUGAUUGUGAGUGGAGCCCAGCGCAAAGAGGAACGCUGGGACAUGGAGGACAAUGAGCAGGUGCUCACAACAGAGCAUGAGAAGAAGCAGAAACUGGAGACAGAUGCCAUGUUCCGCCUGGAGCAUGGUGAGGCUGACCGGAGCACACUCAAGAAGGCCCUCCCCACCCUGAGCCACAUCCAGGAGGCCCAGAGUGCCUGGAAAGAUGAUUUUGCCCUCAAUAGCAUGCUGCGGAAGAGGUUCCGGGAAAAGAAAAAGGCCAUGCUGGAGGAGGAGGAGAGAGACCAGGCAUUACAGGCAAAGGCAAGCCUGGCCAUCCCACUGGUACCUGAGACGGAGGACGACCGCCGGCUGGCCGCACUACUCAAGUUCCACACCCUGGACUCCUACGAGGAUAAGCAGAAACUCAAGCGGACAGAGAUCAUCAGCCGCUCCUGGUUCCCUUCCACCGGAGGUCCCAGUCCCAGCAGCAGUGGCAGCAGCAAAACUGGCACUAUCCUAAAGAAGCUGGCCCAGACCCGCAAAUCCACACCCACUGGCAACCCUAUCACCGUGGGCGAUCUGGGCAUAGUACGGCGGCGGUCCCGGGAUAUCUCAGAAAGCCCCCAGCACAUGGCUGAGGGCCCCAAGUCUGGAGAUCAGCCAGAGGAGACCAUCCAGGACAGGCCUGCAUCCCCACAAGACUGCUCUCAAGAGAUAACUAAGACCCCUAAGAACUGUGUGUUGGAGGGGAGUUGUCAGGACAGACCUGGGUCCCCACCAGGCUCCUCCCAGGACAUGUUGCACUCCUGCAGCCUCAGCUCCUCCCUUGUGGCCGACUACUCUGACUCAGAAAGUGAGUGAGCAAUCUGAAGACUGGACCUGCUCCAGAGGCCAUUACACACCCAGGGGGCCCUCGCAGACUAUAGCCCAGUUCACCCACUCACCCACUGGUCAUCAGAGGGCUCAGAUCUGUGCUCCCACCCCACCUCACCUUCCCACAUUAAUGGAAUUUUAUUUAUUUGGUCAUAGAGAGGGUGUUUGUGCCUUUGCAGGGGAGGCGGGGGAGGUGGGGCAGCAUCCAACAUUAAAGUUUCUUUGCCCCUGCCUUGGGUUACUAGAUGGG